CAUUCACAAACCGCCGCCUUCUAUACCGUAUAGUGUAUCGUACGCUUGUAUACGCUAUUUUUCUGGUCCGUCUCAGGUCGUCCGUUCUCCUCGCCGGUGGUGUAUUUGCUGCAUACGACACUAAAUUAUUAUUAUUACGUUUUCAACGCAGUGAAGCCACCCCCGUCGCCAUCUCCAGAAUAUUGACUUCAUUAAUUCUACUUAAAAAAAAUAAAGCAUAAUGUCUGACGAUGGAGUUGUUGCAGAAAAGAGGAAUCGUGGAAGAACCCCAAAAUCAAAUGAUGUAAACGAUAAAGAUACUAAAGACAAAGAAACUAAAAAACGUGGAAGACCAGCAGGUAAACUACCAGCAAAAGCUGAUAAAAAGAUUGAAAAAGAAGGUGAAAAUGGUGAACCAGUAGCCAAAAGAGGCCGAGGAAGGCCCAAGAAGAGUCAAAAGAAGGUCAAAGCUGUGUCAUCAGGAAGAGGACGAGGCAGACCACCAGCAAAAAAAGUGGAAAAAGAAGAAUCUGCUGAAGACAAUGACGAAGAGGAAGAAGAAGUAGAAGAUGAAGAUUAAAUUAAAAUUAGUUGUAUCUCAUACUAUAUACUUUGCCAUUAAUUUUACAUUUAUUUAAUAAGGAUCAAGAAUAAUUUUAAUUUUUAAUUUAUUGACUUCAGAAAAAAUUAUGUAAGCUUAGACUAGGGUUAUAAUUAUUUUGUUUUAUUUUGUGAAAAGAAUUAACAAUUUGUAAACAUUUUUUUUUUCAAAUGAAUCAUUUUAAGAAAAAAAAUCAUUAAGUAUUUAUCAACCAUACAAUUGUUAAUCCAAUUUUUUCAUUUGUCAUGUAUAUGAUUUAUUUUGAUGUUAUGUAUAAAUAGUAGCUUACCCUACUAUUAUUGAAAGUAAUUUUGAUGACUUUAUACAUAUAUAAAUAUAUAUUUAUAUAUAUAU